AGUAAAAUGUAUUUAAUUUUCACAACCUCCAAGCCCAACACACCACCGCUACCACGCCCACCACCUCUUACCCAUUUCCCCAAGCUUUUCAGUCUUUCUAUCUCUGCAAUCGAACCCUAGGAAUAGAUACCAAUUUCAGAUGAUGGGUUCAUCCCACAGGACUUAGUAAAUCCAGAACAAGAGACAAAGUUCAGACUCAGACCAAACCCAGAUCGAGUAUGGCUUCAUUUUCUACUUCCAGGUACUUUGCAGCCCUCUCUUUCCUCAUUCUUUGCUUCAAAACCAUAACUGCAGACCCGAAUUCAUCAUUCUCUAUCAAGAAUUUUGGUAAAGAUUCAAACUUCGGUUCCCAAAUUUCUCUAUAUGGUGAUGCUAAAGUAGUUGACGACGGCUUGUCCGUUCAAAUCACUGGUUCAUCUAUUUCUGGUGCUGGUAGAAUGAUGUAUAAGAAACACAUUAAGCUUGUUGAAGGAGAACCUUUAAAAAUGUUGUCUUUUUCAACGAAUUUCUCAUUUUCGUUGUCACCUGAAAAUGGGAAUGGUUUAGCUUUUGUGAUGGUUCCGAUUGGUUUUCCUUUGAAUGUGUUUGACGGUGGCUCAUUUGGGUUGUUGGGUAGUGAGAGAAAAACGAGGUUUCUCUGUGUUGAAUUUGAUACUUCCAUGGAUAUCAAGUAUGGUGAUGUGAAUGACAAUCAUGUUGGUUUUGAUGUUGAUGGUUUUACAUCUGUUAAAGUGAGCAAUGUCUCCUCUCUCAAUUUGGUGCUGAAUAGUGGUGAGAAAUUGCAAGCUUGGAUUGAUUAUGAAGCAAGUUCAAGGCGGCUAGAGGUUAGGUUGAAUAAAUUAGGUGAACUUAAGCCAGUUGAUCCAUUGCUUUCUUAUCCAAUUGACCUGUCACAAAUGUGGAAUGGAGAGGAUGUCUUUGUGGGGUUAAGUUCAUCAAGUGGGAAUUCAUCUCAGAAAUGCAAUGUGUUUUCAUGGAGCUUUAAGCUCCGUCGUGUACCACAUUGGAUGCAUUCUCAACCAAUUGAUCCUCAGACUGUCGUGGUGAAGACAAAAGCCUUGACUCUUCACAAGAGAAGUGAUUGUGUUCUGAGAGUCCUUGCUGUAGUGAUAUUUGGCAUUGGAUGUGGAGUCUUUGGAGUAUUCAUGGUGUUGUUUCUGUGGACUAUCUUCGGUAAUAGGCGUCCUGUGGUUCCGGAGGAAUAUGCUGUGCACCCUGUGAAUGAGUUGGAGUACAAAAAGUUCAAUGCUGUUGUAGAUAACGCCAUCCAAGAUGGUAAGAAGUAGGUGUGACCUGGGGUUUAGUUGGAUGUUUUGUUUGUAAAUUGAUCUUCAUUUUUUGUGCUUGUGAGUUUUGGUUUUAGUGUCUUGCUGUAAUUUAAUGAUCAAUCAUGCAAAUGUAGUUGUAUUAACGUUGCCCAGUGUUAUGAUCAUUAAAAUACAGCUUCAAAUUUGGAAAAUGGAAUAUUAUUUCUUUUAUCUUCA